AUGCCUCGGGCUCAGAGAAGUAAUCGCAGAAGUCAUGAAAAAUGCUGCCAGGCCUCAAAGAAGACCCAAGAAUUGCAGAGUCCUGAGCCAACUAGAAGCACAUCCCCCCUUCCUCAAUGGGGGAUGAUUACUCGCUCAAAGUCUGCCUGUACGCCACAAAUUGUUUUUGAUACACUUGAGAAAGCCCUUUCUACCACUGUCCCUGAAGAUGAUUCUUCCACAAGAUCACAGAAAAAAACCACAUGCCAAACUAAGGAAAAACAAUCUCCUCUUGCACCCACCAAGAAUUCUAAUGGAGAUGUUCUAAAUAACAUAGCUCAGGUGUUGGUGGAGUUUAUGAUGGAUAAGUAUAUAAUGAAAAAGCCCAUUAUGAAAGAAGAUAUGCUGAAGAUUGUCAACAAAAAGUAUAAGAAACACUUCCAGGAGAUCCUUAGAAGAGCUGCGUUCAACAUGGAGGUCGUAUUUGGUAUUGAUUUACAGGAAAAUAUUACCACCAACCAUUCCUAUGUCAUUGUCAACAAAAUGAAACUCCCUAAUGAUGGCAGAGUGAAUGCUGGUAAAGGUUAUCCCAAAACAGGUCUCCUGAUGAAUAUCCUGGGCGUGAUAUUCCUAAAAGGCAACUGUGCCAGUGAGGAGAAGAUCUGGGAAUUCCUGAAUAAGAUGAAAAUCUAUGAUGGGAAGAAACACUUUCUUUUUGGGGAGCCAAGGAAGCUCAUCACCGAAGAUUUUGUGAAGCUUAAAUACCUGGAGUACCGGGAGGUGCCAAACAGUGAUCCUCCUCACUAUGAGUUCCUGUGGGGCCCAAGAGCCCACACUGAAACUACCAAGAUGAAAAUACUAGAGUUUUGGGCCCGAAUCAAUCAUACACUCCCCAGUACCUUCCAUUCCUGCUAUGAUGAGGCUUUGAAAGAGGAAAAAAGAUACCUCAAAGUCACUGGUAAAAACUGA